UUAUUAUGAUAGUGACGCGUGUUAUUUCUUGUUGGCUUCAGCAGUGUGCUUCAAGUGUGCAUACGUAGAAACAAAGACUUUAUUUAAACCCCAAGCUAUUUAUCCACGAUCUGCGAUCAUUAUUUGCUUUUUUUGGAGCUCUUGAACAAAUGAGCAGAAGUUUUGACAGAAACUUUGCUUAAUUUUGCCGAAGGAAAAAGAGGAGGAGAGGAUCGAAGAACACAACACGGAAAAAAUCGAAUUAAAUAUAUUCCAUUCUUUAUAAUUUCAUAAUUUUAUCUUAUUUAUGUAAUUUUAAGGAUACAGCACGAACAUUAAUAGCUGACCUAUUGUAAAUAAUUAUUUAUACAAAUAUAUGGUACAUACUGAAGUUGUUAUCCAGUCAAAACAUUUGUGAAUAACGAUGAUAAGAAACAAUAAUCUUUAUUCUUUACAUUUAUUUAAGAGAGUAAUUUAAGAAUCAAUCACAGAACUUCCGUUUCAGUAAGUGAAACGUGUCAUUUCUGUGAGCUGGCAUGAUAUCUUAUAAAUACAUCAGUGAGCUGAGCAUGAUAUACUUUACCAUUCACUAUUGAUCGGUUUGCUGUUGGAAGCUUAGCAAAAAUAAUUCAUAUCUGCAAUACAUAAUGAAGAUAUCACUUCAUUUUACUGUGCUCGUGAUUCUUUUCAAUGGAUCCCCAAGUCUGGUUGAGAGUGCAAGCUGUAGCUGUAACUGCAACGACGGAGGAAGCUCUUGUCCAAAAACGCAAUACUACACAAGCGCAAAGAGAUUGGUAAAACAAUGCGUAUUUAAAAGCAUAAACGACGAUACAGACGUCGGUGUACUCACUAAACUCUCUUGUGAUUUCAACAAAGAAAAAACAGAUACUUCACUACGAGUGACAUUCAACGGUGUUAUGAGAGUGAUUGGUUGUUCUUCUGGAUGUUGUCGUCGCUGGUUUAUAACAAUCAACGGUAAGGAAUGCAAAGAUCCAGCAACAAUUGACUCAUUGAUAUGGGCAAAUGGUUAUGUAAAUCGUCACAUUCCUGGUAUAAUUGAUGGCAUUUGCAAUAACAUACCAGCAGGACAAGUGAAAGUUGGUUUAUCUAUAGCAGCCUGUUCUGGAGUUACUGGCGGUAACGGUUACACCGGUUGGAAUUCCGUUUCGCGUAUUUUAAUCGAAGAAAUGUCGAUAUAGUGAAGAAGAUAAACUUUAUUAAUUCAAUAAUCGCAUGGUCAUCGAUACAAGUUUUUCAGCUGAAUAAAUACGAUUUAUGAAAGAGA